UAGAAAAUCACUUGGCAGUUUCUUAAAAACUGAAACCUAUACCUACCGUAUGAUCCAGCAGUCAUAUUCCUGAGCAUUUAUCCCAGAAAAAUGAAAACGUGCAUCCCACACAAAAACCUGUACACAAAUAUUCACAACAGCUUUAUUUGUCCAAAAACUGGCAACAACCAAAAUGCCUUUCAACAGGUAAAUGACUCAACAAACUGUACGACCUUAUACCAUGGAACACAACUCAGAAACUAAAAGGAACAAACUGAUACAUACAACUUGGAUGGAUCUCAAGGGUAUCACAUGCCGAGGGAGAAAGGCAGUCUAAAGGUUACAUAUUGUAUGAUUCCAUUUAUUUAAAAUUCUCAAAAUAGCAAAAUUAGAGAUGGAGGAUAAAGUAACUGUUGCCAGGGGUCAGGGAUGGUGAAGAUGGCAUGAAACUAUACAGGAGUGGUAGAAAGAAGACUUCUGUGCAGGUGGAAUAGUUCUGUACUUUGGAUCCUUUCAGUGGAUACCUGAAUCUAUUUACAUGUGACAAAAUGGCACAGAAUCAUACUAACAUCAACUUCCUGGUUUAGGAACUCUACUCCAGUUACAGUGGGGAAAUUGAAGAGUACAUGUACCCUUCUCUGUAUGAGCUUUGUAAUUCCUGGGAAUCAAAUUCUUUCAUGAAAAAAAGUUUUUUAAAUGAAAAAAAAAAAAAAAAGCAAUAAGGAGCCUCGAGAUUUGACAGGAUGGCAUAUGUGACUGGAACUGGUUAACCUGUGUCCCUAAUAGAAGGGUAUAUCUUUCUCAAGAGAAACUCAAAUAACAUAAACUAAAAGGCAAAAAAUAAGCAAAACUUUCCUGAAAACCCUUCACCAUGAGAGGAGAAAUGGAAAGGACUGAACACAGCAAUGAUGAGACUUGAAGAAAAGACAGAAUACUAAUCAAAAAAAGGUAUCAAGGCAGUUGCAAACAUGGCUCAGAGCAGAGACGGCGAAAACCCCUUCAUCAGGCCCGGCAAGCUUGACAACCCCUUUCAGGACCCAGCCGUGAUCCAGCACCAACCCAGCCCGCAGUAUGCCACUCUUGACGUCUACAACCCUUUUGAGACCCGGGAGCUCCCACUGGCCUAUGAGCCCCCUGCCCCUGCCCCGUUGCCUUCACCCUCGGCACCCUCCUUGCAGUCAUCAAGAAAGCUCAGCCCCACAGAACCCAAGAACUAUGGCUCCUACAGCACCCAGGCUUCAGCUGCUGCAGCCACUGCUGAGCUGCUGAAGAAGCCGGAGGAACUCAACCGGAAGGCCGAGGAGUUGGACUGGAGGGAGCGGGAACUGCAGCAUGCUGCCCUGGGGGGCACAGCUGCUCGACAGAACAAUUGGCCCCCCCUACCUUCUUUUUGCCCAGUCCAGCCCUGCUUUUUCCAGGACAUCUCCAUGGAGAUCCCCCAAGAAUUUCAGAAGACCGUAUCUACCAUGUACUACCUCUGGAUGUGCAGCACACUGGCCCUUCUCCUGAAUUUUCUUGCCUGCCUGGCCAGUUUCUGUGUGGAGACCAGCAAUGGCUCAGGCUUUGGGCUCUCUAUCCUCUGGGUCCUCCUUUUCACUCCCUGCUCCUUUGUGUGCUGGUACCGCCCCAUGUAUAAGGCCUUCCGGAGUAACAGUUCAUUCAAUUUCUUUGUUUUCUUCUUCAUUUUCUUCGUCCAGGAUGUGCUUUUUGUCCUCCAGGCCAUUGGCAUCCCAGGUUGGGGGUUCAGUGGCUGGAUCUCUGCUCUGGUGGUGCUGAAGACCAACACAGCUGUAGCUGUGCUCAUGCUCCUGGUUGCCCUGCUCUUCACUGGCAUAGCUGUGCUGGGAAUUGUGAUGCUAAAGCGGAUCCACUCCUUGUACCGCCGCACAAGUGUCAGCUUUCAGAAAGCCCAGCAAGAAUUUGCUGCUGGUGUCCUCCUCAACCCCGCGGUGCGAACUGCUGCUGCCAACGCAGCCGCUGGCGCUGCCGAAAAUGCCUUCCGAGCCCCAUCAGCCCUGGCAGGGAUGCCCUGGCCCUGCCACUGGAGGGAGCACAGUUAGCCCCCAUCCCUGAGGGCUCUGGGGCUUGGUGAGACAUCCGUCACUACUUGGGGUCUCCUCUUAUGCCCCCAGGUUCGCAGCCAUAACUGCUGACCCUGACUUAAGGGUGUGGGGAGCCCACUGUGACCCAGUCCCGCUACCCCUGCCACUCCCCCGAAUAGGCCACACUACUGCCACCUCUCACACACCCCAACCCAGCUUCCCUCUGCUGUGCCAAGGCUGUUGCUUCGGUUAUUUAAAUAAAAAGAAAGUGGAACUGGAAAAAAAAAAAAAAAAA